AGCCUGUGACAGGGGUCCUUCUGCCUCUGGACCCGAGCUUUCCUCUUGUCCUCCUGCCCGGCUGUCGCCCUCUUAGCACCCCACUACUUUUGCAGCUAUGGCUGAGCCUACCCAGAAUUCCAGAACUCCAGGUUUAUUUUCUGGAUUCUUCGGACUUGGUUAUUUUCUUUUCUUAGCUGUUUUUCCCCGCUUGGUUUCAAGGGCCUGCGUUUUACAGGCUGAGACUUCUACCCCUCAAACAGGACCCGAGUCGGCCCCCUUUUGGUACUCCCAGAUGCUUGCAAACAACCGAUUCGCUCUCGGCCUUGGUGCCAUAGCCGAAAUACCGUCUCUUCCUGCCUGGGAACAAGAGGAAAGUAUGGGGAAGGAGCCAAGCAGGAGACGUUCACCUUUGCCUUAACUUUGGUCUUCAUUCAAUGUGUGAUCAAUGCUGUGUUUGCCAAGAUCUGGUGGAUCGUACCCGGAGCUGGCUCUAUGCUGCCUGUUCUAUCUCCUAUCUGGGUGCCAUGGUCUCCAGCAACUCAGCACUACAGUUUGUCAACUACCCAACUCAGGUCCUUGGUAAAUCCUGCAAGCCAAUCCCAGUCAUGCUCCUUGGGGUGACCCUCUUGAAGAAGAAGUACCCGUUGGCUAAGUACCUGUGUGUGCUGUUAAUUGUGGCUGGAGUGGCCCUUUUCAUGUACAAACCCAAGAAAGUUGUUGGGAUAGAAGAACACACAGUUGGCUAUGGAGAGCUACUCUUGCUAUUAUCGCUGACCCUGGAUGGACUGACUGGUGUUUCCCAGGACCACAUGCGGGCUCAUUACCAAACAGGCUCCAACCACAUGAUGCUGAACAUCAACCUUUGGUCGACAUUGCUGCUGGGAAUGGGAAUCCUGUUCACUGGGGAGCUCUGGGAGUUCCUGAGCUUUGCUGAAAGAUACCCUGCCAUCAUCUAUAACAUCCUGCUCUUUGGACUGACCAGUGCCCUGGGUCAGAGCUUCAUCUUUAUGACGGUUGUGUAUUUUGGUCCCCUGACCUGCUCCAUCAUCACUACAACUCGAAAGUUCUUCACAAUUUUGGCCUCUGUGAUCCUCUUCGCCAAUCCCAUCAGCCCCAUGCAGUGGGUGGGCACUGUGCUUGUGUUCCUGGGUCUUGGUCUUGAUGCCAAGUUUGGGAAAGGAGCUAAGAAGACAUCCCACUAGGAAGAGAGAGACUACCUCCACAUCAAGAAUAUUUAAGUUAUUAUCUCAAACAGUGACAUCUCUUGGGAAAAUGGACUCAAUAGGAAUAUGGGACUGAGUUCCACUCUUUUUUAAAAAAAUAAAAUCAAGCAAAAUCACAUAUUCUAAAAAAUGCACUUGAAUUUUAACAAGA